AUGAGUUUGCUUUGGGGUAGUAAGAAGAAACCGGGUUCAAGGCCCGGAUCGGUAGUUUUGACUGAUCAAAAUGGAAGUGCUAUCUUCGAUGAAUUACCAGGCAGUAAGAAACAAAUUGAUGAUAAUCCACGAAUCAUGGAGACUCAAUUUGGUGAAAGUUUAGGCCUACGUACCAAUUCCUUGCGUAAAAUUUUGGCUAACGAGACCGCUGGCCUUGGGUUUCCUGACUUAGUCCACGUUGCACAUUACGAUAAAUCGCGGAAGGAUGAAGUUGGAGAGUAUCAUUACAUUACUGGUAUCGAUUGUUCAUCUGAGGCUAUGCCGAUUGGAUACUUAAGUACUCUAAGGCUGAGACAAAAUUGGGCUAGUGAGACAAUUUCUACGUUUUGCUGUUAUAACUUGUUCUCCAAAGUUGAUCUAAGAAUCAAAUUUGAGACGGAAAAAUCUUUCCAGGUUAGUGCAAUUGAUUGUUCUACUGGGAAUCUACAUGUCCCCAUGACAGAAACUCUGUGGAAGGAGACGUUCCUUAGUGGGAUAAUCCGCGCAUUGAUUUUCAACAAAGAUAGAGAAUGGAAAUUACCAGGUAUGGUUGAAUUACCAAUAGGAAUCGAUAACGGUAUUGCAUCAGCUCAAUCCAUUAUCAAAUCGUUCUGUGAGUUUAUUCCAAGGUAUAAGGAAACAGGGUUAGAUCUAAGCCGAAACCCAACUGUUUCUCCCUUGCAUAACUACCUUGUUGAAUCGUUGUUAUCCUUUCUUGCUGUGACUCCAAGGUUGCACCAUUACUGUAUCUCAAUCUUAGAAGAAUUGACUGAAUCUGAUGCCAAGAAUGGUGUCUUGUACCAGAUGGUGAAAUGUAAGGUUGCAUUCCAUUCCAACAAUUCAGAUCUCUUGACAGCGUCAUCGAUUAAUUCAUUGUUGAACAGUUAUUUCAAAAAUGUAAACAAACUGAAGAAAUCGCAAUUGAUCAUGCUAACAGACUUAUUAAAUCUACAAAUCGAAUUCUUGAUGAAGAAAGAGGAUUAUGAACUCGCUUUACCCGUAGCUCUUUAUGCUACACAAUUGGUGCCAGAUAGUUUCCAGUCCUGGUACUAUCUAGCCGAUUGUUACAUCCAUAAGAAGGAAUACGAUUCUGCCUUGUUGGCGAUAAACUCGAUCCCCAAGUUGAUGAUCUUGGAUCCAAGUAAAGAUGCCUACUGGUCCAUUGGCUUGGAUAAACUGUAUUACAAGAAACCUCAAGGUCAAGGUGCAGAAAGUACAUUGAAUUCGCACGAAUACAACUAUGCGCUAACGAAGCUAAGACCUGUCAAAGAACGUGACAUGAACGACAUCACUUUUGGUAAGAUAAUAAUGCCAGCAAAUAGCUAUGGAUGCAUUAGAAAUAUUUACGACACGGCAUGUGCUCAAAUCGGACCAGUAUACGGUCCCAGAUCCACCAAUUUGAUAGACUUCGUUUCCAACGAAGAGAUCGGAGCAGUCGCAUACACUGCACUACUAGAAAGAAACUCUUUGAAGAACAAGAUCCCAUGGUAUAUGGGCCAAAUGUAUCGCCUCUUGAUGAAAAUUGUGAACUUCCUGGGAUGGAAUGGACUACUGGAAUUAAGAUCGUCAAUUUUCGUCAUGGAAUCUGAACACGUCGAUUACCAAAACAAGACCAACCCAUUGUUAAGACAAAAGAGAAUGUGUGAGAAAUGGCUAGACACUCUGUUCAUGGAAGUGUACCAGGAUCUAAAAGUCUCAUUGAACUCUCCAGCGCUCAAGGAUUCCAAGAGCAGUGGCUUAGAAUGGGAACUCUUAGGAUUACUACUUGUGAAAACCGCAAACUGGAAUGAAGCCGUAGCAUGUCUCAGAACUAGUAUCAUGGCGCGCUUUGACAUCAUUGCUGCAGACACACUACUCGACCUGUACCUCUUUGGGCCUGAGAACUUCCCGUUGACUACUGACGAAGUGCUAUCGAUCUUACUGGGAAACUGUUCAUACCAUUCCAGAUUUUACGACACUUGCCAGUGGCUUAACCUACAAGUCCUAUACAAACUAAACGAAGAACUGGGUACAGAAACACUAAGAAACAGAAUAUACGCACACCCGCUGGCAGAACGCGGUAUAGUUACUCUGAUAGACAAGGCGCUCGAUUGGAUCCAGCAGUUUGCAUAA